AUGCAGGUGCUACCACAAGAAUAUCCAGCAAUGGAAACAGCUAAUGAAAUUAUGAAACAAGUUGUUCCGAUUCUCAUGAUUCCCAUUAACAGAUACCUACGUUACCUCAUUUUGUACACAAAGUACAUGAGAGGCAUGGGUAUCAAAAUCAUAGAACUGAAUGCUGCAAAAGUUGGUGUUGAAGAGAAAACAAGGCACAACAUUAGUAACAAUAUUGAGGUUCCAGCUCAAGUCAAGGGUUGGUUGGAUGAUGUAGGAAAGAUCAAUGCACAAGUGGAAAAUGUUCCUAACAAUAUUGGCAGUUGUUUUAAUCUAAAGAUUAGACACACAGCCGGAAGGAGUGCUGUCGAGAUAAGUGAGGAGAUCGACAGUGUCAUGAGACGAUACAAAGAGAUCAAUUGGGCUGAUCAUCCUAUUCCUCCAGGAAGGGUUCAUUCCAUGAAGUCAUCUACGUCUACACUAUCAACUAAACCUAAUGACUUCCAAUCAAGAGAGUUGACUUUUACAAAAGCACUCAAAGCACUCGAUCCGAACCACAAAUCCCAUAUGAUAGCCUUAUGUGGGAUGGGCGGAGUGGGGAAGACCACAAUGAUGCAAAGGCUGAAGAAGGUUGCCAAAGAAAAGAGAAUAUUCAGUUAUAUCAUUGAGGCGGUUAUAGGGGAAAAGACAAACCCCAUUUCCAUUCAGGAAGCUAUAUCAUAUUACCUUGGUGUAGAGCUCAAUGCAAAAACUAAGUCAGUAAGAGCCGAUAUGCUUCGUCAAGGGUUCAAGGCCAAAUCUGAUGGAGGUAAAGAUAAAUUCUUAAUAAUACUUGAUGAUGUCUGGCAGUCAGUUGAUUUGGAAGAUAUUGGUUUAAGUUCUUUUCCAAAUCAAGGUGUUAACUUCAAGGUCCUGUUAACAUCAUGA